AUGGCGCCGUCUCUCUUUCGCAAGCGCCACGAGGCCGAGGACAUUAUUCCUAUCCCAGGCCCCCUCGAGACCGUCUCGGCCUCUGGUCGCGAUUAUCUCGAGAACCUUCAACAGUUCGAGAAAUCCCACAAGUUCGACCCUAAUAUGCCCAUCGAUGAUCUUACAGAUGUCGACGCCGCUAUCGCGACUGGAAAUGCCGAGAAGGGGAUUGAAAUUGAGCACGCGCUCAUGGAGGACAACAGUCCCUAUCCUGAGGUCCGAUCUGUUGUCCGAAACUACGAUGUCGAUGUUCCCGCCAACACCAUUCGCGCCUGGACCAUCGGUUUGAUUCUAUGCACCAUCGGCUCUGGCGUCAACAUGCUCUUCUCGUUGCGAAACCCCAGUGUCACAGUCACUACCUAUGUUGUCCAGCUCGUCGCCUAUCCUAUGGGCCUCGGCUGGGAUCUGGUCAUGCCCAACCGCGAGUGGAACUUGUUUGGCCUCAAGUUCAAUCUCAAACCUGGAAAAUUCAAUUACAAGGAACAUGUGGUAAUUGUUGCUAUGUCCAAUGCUGCCUAUGGUGGCGGCGUUCUUUAUGCUACUGAUGUGCUUCUUGCUCAAGAGGUCUUCUACGGCCAGAAGUUUGGCUGGGCUUUCCAGAUCCUGUUUGGCAUCACUACACUCUGCACUGGCUACGGAUUGGCUGGUCUGGCCCGUCGCUUCUUGGUCUGGCCAGCCGCCAUGAUCUGGCCCACCGACUUGGUCAAUUGCGCCUUGUUUUACACGCUCCACGACCAUUCUGGCUCAGACCCCACCAAAACCAACGGCUGGAAGGUGGGUCGAUACAGAUGGUUCUUGAUUGUGGGAUGUGGAGGAUUUAUCUGGUACUGGUUCCCAGGUUGGAUCUUCAAGGGCCUCUCCUACUUCACCUGGGUUUGCUGGCUUGCGCCUCAUAACGUCACUGUCAACAAGAUCUUUGGUGGCAUGACUGGUUAUGGCUUGAUGCCCACCUCCUUUGACUGGACCGUGUACAGCGGUUAUCUUCAGUCCCCCCUGAUCCCGCCUUUCCACGCUAUUGCCAACGUUCUCGUUGGUAUCGUUGUCUUCUUCAUCUGCAUAUCAAUGGGUAUCCAUUUCACCGGCACCUGGUACGCGGAUUAUUUCCCGGUUCAGUCAUCCGAGUCCUACGACAACACAGGCGCCAUCUACAAUGUCUCGAGGAUUCUUGACAGCAACUUCCAUUUCAACGAAACAGCAUACAAGGAGUACUCGCCACUCUUCCUGCCAACACAGUUUGCGCUUUCAUAUGGAUUGUCCUUUGCUGCUGUUACAGCUGUCGUCGUACAUGUUGUACUCUACCAUGGACACGAGAUCUGGAGACAAUUCAAGCUCGCCCGUAAUCAGGAGGAUGACGUUCACAUGCGCUUGAUGAAGAAGUACCGAGAUGCAGAGGAUUGGUGGUAUGCUGCUCUUUUCAUCGUUAUGGUAGCCAUCUCUAUUGGUGUUAUUGCUGGCUGGCCAACUGGUUUCCCAGUCUGGGCGUAUUUCAUCUGCCUUCUCAUUCCCGUCUUGUGGCUGAUCCCUAUCGGUGUCAUCCAGGCCAUCACUAACAUUCAACUUGGCCUCAACGUUCUCACCGAGUUCAUCAUUGGCUACAUGGUUCCUGGUCGUCCUAUGGCCAUGAUGAUGUUCAAGAACUAUGGUUACAUCUGCAUGGGCCAGGCACUCUACUUUGCCCAGGAUCUCAAGCUUGGCCAUUACAUGAAGGUUCCUCCCCGAGUCAUGUUCUCGUCGCAACUGGUUGCAUCUAUCUGGUCAGCUAUUGUGCAGAUAUGUGUGAUGAACUGGGCCUUGGGACACAUCCCUGACGUUUGUUCCAUUGACCAGCCCAACAACUACACUUGUCCAGGUGGCCGUGUCUUCUACACAGCAUCUGUCAUCUGGGGAGCCAUUGGCCCGGCCCGCAUUUUCAGUCAUGGUGCAAUUUACUCAUCUCUUCAGUGGUUCUGGCUAGUCGGUGCUAUCACACCUAUUAUCACAUGGCUUCUUGCGCGGAAGUGGCCUCGCUCAAUCUGGCGAUAUGUCAGCACCCCCCUUAUUUAUGGUGGUGCUGGUAUGCUGCCUCCAGCUUCCGUCUACAUCUACCUAUGCUGGGGUUUAGUGGGUACCUUCUUCAACCGCUUCGUCAAGAGGAGAUACACUGGUUGGUGGCUCCAGUACAACUACGUCACCUCGGCAGCUCUGGAUUGUGGUCUUAUCAUGUCAACCAUGGUGAUCUUCUUCACACUGUAUUUGACGAGUGCAUCUCCUCCAAACUGGUGGGGAAACUAUGGUGCCCUGGAGACGAUGGAUUGGAAAACUCAUGCAGUUUCCAAGUCAGUCCCGAAAGGAUCCUUCAUCGGACCUGAUACCUGGAACUGA